AAGAAAGAAUAAAGAUUUGAGAAACGGAGUAAAAUGAUAAAAAAAAAAAAAAAAAAAUUGAAAAACGGAGCUAGUUUUUUAUCUCUCCCCCUCAGUUAACAAAAAAGAACCCCCAAAAAAGAGAGAGGGAAAAUUCCACUCAUUUUCUGAGUUGAAAUUCCUCUUAAUCACGGGAAUACGAAAGGUAGGGUUUCCACUUUCAAUUGCCGAUACUGCAACUUCCACUUUCAGAUUAGGUGAAUGCUUAUCGCCGCUGGCUUCGGAAUCCUGCUUGGACACUCGUUGUGCAAUUUGUUGCAGCAAUCAGAGCUCUGAGAGAAGACAGUACAAUGGGGGAUGAAAAGGACGCCUUUUACGUUGUGUGGAAGGGGGAUAUUAUUGGAGUCUAUAAGAGCAUCAAUGAUCUUGAAUCUGUUCUUCGAUCUUCGGUGAAUGAUACUUCUGUUCGCGUGUUCAAAGGGUAUGGUUUGACUAAAGAAGCUGACGCGUACCUCUCGUCACACGGACUUAAGAAUGCUAUCUAUUCUGUUGAUGCCAGUGAAGUGCAAGAUGACCGUUUUGGCCAACUUAUCAUAUGCCCUUUUCGUGAACCAAAUUCUUCUACAAGUAAAUCAUCUAGCAAGAAUCAUCAAGAGAAGAGGCCGCAGCAGGAAAUAGUUGGUUCAGCUUCUUUUGCAGCAAAUCAGAUAAAACCUUCUAAAUUAGACGAUUUUCUUCAAGGUCUGCCAGUUUCUUCUUACUGCAGUUCCUGUAUUAUUGAGUUUGAUGGUGCUUCAAAAGGAAACCCUGGACAAGCUGGUGCAGGUGCUGUCCUGAGAUCAGCCAAUGGGAGCAUGGUAUUUCGACUGCGUGAAGGUGUCGGAAUUGCAACUAAUAAUGUUGCUGAAUACCGUGGUGCCAUUUUAGGCUUAAGAUUUGCUCUCUCCAAAGGGUUCAAAUAUAUACGUAUGCAGGGAGACUCUAAGCUAGUGUGCAUGCAGGUUCAGGGUCUAUGGAGAACCAAAACUCAGAAUAUGGCUGACUUGUGUAAGGUGGCUAAAGAGUUCAAAGAUCAGUUUGCUUCAUUCGAGAUCCGUCAUGUCGAAAGAGAGUGCAACACUGAAGCUGACGCCCAAGCAAACCUUGCAUUACAUCUAAAGAAUGGUGAAAUCCAAGUGGAAUGCGACGUGAAGUGAAGCUCAGAGGAUUGCUUUAAGAACAUGGUGGUUCUUGACAAAAAGAUGCUAAUGGCCGCAUUUAUUGUUUUGAGGCAGACAAAUUAAUGUUGUAAAAUAUGGGGAAGAUAUCUUGAACCGGAGCUGCUCUUGAGAAGGUUAUUUUGAAGCCUUUCGUCUGCGUACUGCAAUCUUGUGUCAAUUCAACUUGGUGUCUAUCUAGGCUACAUGUACUAGUUAAAUUCUAUUGAUAGAAAUAUAGGAAGGUAAAAUUGUGGCUAUGAUGGUUAUGAGUUCCACUAUUUUGUAAGGAUAUUAUUUGGCUAUGGAAUUUGUAUAAUUAUUUUACAGUUCACUA